CGGCACUUACCGAUGCUGUCGGUCUGCAUGUGGCACUUUCCUGACAUGCAGUAGCGCCACAGGCCCUGGUGGGCGAAGCUACCUGACAGGUGGUAUUGCAUCCAAUAGUCGGUGGCUGUGGAGACCACCAGCAAGAUGUUCCCCACGAUGGCACAGAACAGCCCCCCUCCCAUGAAGCUGUACAUUGUGAGCGAGAGCCUCGGACAGCUUCUUCGGGCCCCUGACAACGUAGAGGCAACCUAGAUGACACUGACUGGGAUCCAGCCUAUGAAACUGAAAAUGAUACCUCGGUUGUGGACAAAAUUACAAGCAGUAUAAAUCAUUCUAUUUUCUCAAAAUGCCAAAAUUGUCGACAGAGGAGUCAUACGCAUGUGGACGCAGUCGUCGCACUCAUGUGGCCUCUGCUAUUUGCGGCCUUGUUUACGGGGGUGCAGGCUUCCUCCCUGGAGCCCUCCAUGCCCGACCGCGUCCUCGCCGUGGUGGGCUCGUGCGUGCUCAUCCCCUGCUCCUUCUCCCCCUUGGAAAGGAAACGCGCCGAGGUGGACGUGCGCAUGCGCCUACGAGGUCACAGCCGAUUCUCUUUGUUCCGCCAGUCGCGCGUGGCCUUCAACAGCGAAGACAUGGAGGAAGUCACCGACGACUUCCGGGGACGUACGGCACUGUCGGGUCUGGUGAUGGACGGCGACUGCUCGUUGAAGAUGGACGCGGUCAGUGUGGAAGAUGCCAGGACUUACGAGACACCCCGGAGGCUCCAGUUAUCAGCGGCGUGUCGUCAGCCACAGAUGGACAGGUGGUCACCUUCAACUGCAGCGUCAGCUACCAGUGCCCCUCCGGACCCCCGACCCUGCGUUGGCAAUGGGAGCGAGGAGUGCAGCCGGUGGGGGACCAGGAGGUGCGGACCCUCUACAACCAAGACCAUCAGCCGGUGCUCCAGACCUCACUCACCUUCAGGGUGUCGCGCCGCAUGAAGGCGGGCCUACGAUGUGAGCUCACCUACCCAAGAGCAAACAUGGUGGCCGCCUUCAAGGAUCUCCAUGUUACAUUCCCACCCAAAGAUGUGACGGUGCAGGUGCAGACCCUGAUGGUGCAGGAGGGGGGUAGCGCCCUGAUGGCCUGCUCGUGCAAAGCCGACCCGCCGGUGUCCGAGUACCGCUGGUCCUACAGCCACCGCGGCCGUACGAUCCACCUGGGCCAGCGCACGCACACCAUCCGCCUGUACAAUGUGACGCGGGACACGGCGGUCCGCUGCAUGGCCGAGAACCUGGUCGGACGAGCCCAGUCUCGGACCAUCGUCCUCAAUGUUCAAUAUAAGCCCGUCAUCCAGCAACUGUCGUCAGCUUGCAUCCUGGAGGAUCGGGAGCUGCGUUGCGUCUGCUUGGCCCAGGCUAACCCGCUUCCCACCCUCAGAUGGAGCGUCAACGGCACCUCCCCGCCACGGGGCUACAACGCAUCCCUCUCGGCCAACGCCCUCACGGCCACUCUAACGGGCCGGGUAGACGGGGGUCUACAGACGGUCGCCUGCUUGGCCCUCAACGCCCUCGGGAAUGACUCCAUGAUGAUGUGGCAGCGCCAAGGAGGACGAGACUCUUGGCUGCUGCUGUGGUGUUUGGUCCCUACCGCCGCCGCCAUCUUGUCCGGCAUCUCCCUGCCCGUGCUCGUUUUCUUCUGCUGCUGUCGAAAGAAGUUGGGCAAACACGAGCUGAGCGGACGCCCGUCAGGACCUGGACCGUACCAGGCCCGCAUGCCGGUCUACAUCAACUGCUCGGAGGUGAGCCACGUGUACACCAACGGGAGUUACCAGCUGCUCUACCAGAACUGCACACCCCGCUUUGUGCGCACCAAACAGCUGCGUCCGAUGGGGAGAAGAGGCGGCGAGAGAAGGCGCGGGGGUCCGCGUGGAGGCGUGGACACACAAGUCACCACCAGGGAGGAGCAGGGUGUCACUGCGGCUGAUCCAGAAUCAGCCAUCUACCUGGAGGUCCUCUAAAAGUCUCACUGAGCGACAAUGACCCUGUGACCUUCCUCUGUACUCUGUUUUAUUUAUAUGACAGAAGAAAAGCUUUGAUGGCCACUUAGUCUGGUUUGAUUUGAUCUGUCCUACUUGUGUGCACAUAAAUUGAUUCUUGUUAAGACAUUUUAUGUUCCUCUACAGGCAGUAAAGCAUAAAAAGCUUUAUUGCAUUUGUGGGAAAAAAAGCAUACCACAAUGA